AUGGCACGCGCAGACCAGGGCAUUCGAGGCCGUUCGGCGCCUCGUUCCAAGAACCGUUCGUCCGUCACCUCCACCAUCCGCGCCCGCUCGGCUGGCACGCCUGCCGCCAAUGCCGCUGCUCCUCCUCCCACCCAGAUCACCAAGGCGGCCAAGCGUGCCAUGAAGCGCGCGGAACUCAUGUCCAAGGUCAAUCCAUCCGGAAAAUCCUCCCUGCUCAACCUCGAGCCGAAGAACGGCGCCCUGUCCAAGUCCUCGCUAAGGCGUCAGAAGCGCAAGCAGAAGGAGCAGCUCGCUGGCAACACCACCGGCCUCAAGGACCUUGCCGAGGCCAUGGACGAAGUCGCACAACAGUUCGAGGACGAUGAAAGUGCCGAAGAGCUCGACGAUGACGAGGACGAAGAUGACGAUAUGGGCGCAUACUCGGCACGAUCGAAUCAGCCAUCUUCCACACACCCGCUGGUGGGCGCGCAAAAGUCUCGCAAAGACGCCACCGUCACAGAAAAGGCCCGCAAAGCAGCCCUCUCCGUCGAAAUGCAGCGUCAAAACCUCAUCCUCUCCGACCCAGCCUACACCAAAAGCCCCUUUGCAGCCCUCCGCCUCCACGCCCAAAACACCCUCGCCUUCGACAAGCGAACCAACAAGCGCACCGCAUAG